AUGGGUGUACCAGCGUUUUUCCGCUGGCUUAGUCGUAAAUAUUCAAGCGUUAUAGUGGAAUGUAUUGAACAGAGGCCAACCGACGUAGAUGGUCAGUUAGUACAUAUAGAUUCAUCACUGCCAAAUCCUAAUGGAAUAGAAUUUGAUAAUUUGUAUCUGGACAUGAAUGGCAUCAUACAUCCAUGUACUCACCCUGAGGAUAAGCCAGCACCUAAGGAUGAAGAUGAGAUGAUGGUGGCUAUCUUCGAGUGCAUAGACCGUCUAUUUCGUAUUGUGAGGCCCAGAAAACUAUUAUACAUGGCUAUUGAUGGAGUGGCGCCUAGAGCCAAGAUGAAUCAGCAGAGAUCUAGACGUUUCAGAGCUUCUAAAGAGACUCAGGAGAAAAUAGAAGAAAUUGCCCGUAUUCGCUCGGAACUUCAGGCUAAAGGAGCGUAUUUGCCACCUGAGAAACCAAAAGAGGCUCAUUUUGAUUCCAACUGCAUCACUCCUGGCACACCAUUCAUGGAUCGACUAAGCAAAUGCUUACAUUAUUAUAUACAUGACAGAUUGAACAAUGAUCCUGGCUGGAAAGGUAUUAAGGUUAUUCUCUCAGAUGCCAAUGUUCCUGGGGAGGGUGAGCACAAGAUUAUGGACUACAUCCGGAGGCAGAGAGCCCAACCAGAUCAUGACCCGAACACCCAACACGUGUUGUGCGGCGCCGACGCCGAUCUCAUCAUGCUGGGUCUUGCUACUCACGAGCCCAAUUUCACCAUCAUUCGAGAGGAGUUUAAGCCAAACAAGCCACGUCCGUGUGAUGUUUGUGGACAACUGGGUCACGAGAUGAAGGAAUGUACUGGCUCAACGCCAGACGCGUCACUGGUGCGAUCGGACCCAGCUUUCGGCACACAGGAUAAUUUCAUCUUCGUGAGAUUGAACGUGCUUCGGGAGUAUCUGCAGAAGGAACUCCAAAUGCCCAAUUUGCCGUUCCCUUAUGACUUCGAGCGUGCGCUGGACGACUGGGUGUUCAUGUGCUUCUUCGUGGGAAACGACUUUCUGCCUCACUUGCCCAGCUUGGAGAUCAGGGAGGGAGCUGUGGACCGACUGGUCAACUUGUACAAGAAAUGUGUAUACAAAACUAAGGGCUGGGUCACCGACUCUGGCGAUGUUAACCUCGAGCGUGUACAAGUCAUAAUGGACGAGCUAGGCCACGUCGAGGACGAGAUCUUUAAGCGGCGGCAUCACAAUGAGCUCAACUUCAGGGCGCGGGAUAAGGCCAAAAAGAGGCAGCAGGCUGUCAACUUUGGACUGCUGGAGAAGACUCAAUUCGCGCCCAUGUCCGUAGGUGACGCUGCGAAGCCGGUGCAGAACGCUCGCCAGGAAGCCGCCAACAUCCGUAUCGCUGGCAUGAACGCAGUCGCUGCUCAAGAAGAGUCGAACCAGAGGGGCCGCAAGCGAUCAGCAGCGGAAGCUGGGCUGGACGAAGAAGACGAGGACAAGCACGACGAGGUGCGUCUCUGGGAGGAUGGCUUCAAGGAGCGCUACUACGAGAGCAAGUUCGAAGUCGCCAGGGAUAACCUUGAGUUCAGGUACCGCGUGGCGCUUCAGUAUGUCCGUGGGCUUUGCUGGGUGCUGCGCUACUACUACCAGGGCUGCGCCAGCUGGAAGUGGUACUUCCCCUACCACUACGCGCCCUUCGCCUCCGACUUCGUCAACAUCUGCGGUCUUUCGACCAAGUUCGAGAAGGGAACCCAGCCGUUCCGACCUCUAGAGCAGCUGAUGGGCGUGUUCCCGGCCGCCAGCUCGCAGCACGUGCCUGAACCCUGGGCCAAACUCAUGAGUGACCCUUUCUCACCAAUCAUAGACUUUUAUCCAACGGACUUCAAGAUCGACCUGAACGGCAAGAAGUUUGCGUGGCAAGGCGUCGCGCUACUGCCCUUCGUCGACGAGAACAGACUAUUCAAAGCACUCGAGCCGUAUUAUAAGGACCUCUCGCAGGCAGAGAAGCAACGGAACAUGCGUGGACACGACCGACUGUAUGUGGGUCCGGGACAGCCCAGCUACGACUUCGUACGCGGACUGUACGAGCGAGCGGGACGCGAACUGCGCACUCUUAUCGUUAACGAGCAGCGCUACCCGUACCGCAGCCAGGGGGUGCGCGGCGACGUCAUGCUCAGCCCGGACAACGUCUGCAUUGGAGGGCAACUAGCGUCCCCAGUUGUGGGCUUACCUCCAGUGCUGGACAACCGCGUGGUGUGCGUACGCUUCCAAGACCCUCAGUACCCGGACGAUUUUAUCUUCCCGGCUAGAAGACUCAAGGGUGCAACAGAACCACAACGGGUACUAAAACCUGGAGAUCUCAGCGCCCAGGAGAAUAGGAAUUGGAGACCACAAAUUGGAAUGGUGCGCUCUAACACGGUGGCGAGCCUGGAGCUAGCGGGCCACAGGAUGCUGGGCCACAGCUUGCCGCGUGACCGUUCCUACUCCAACGUGCCGCCACCGCAACAUCAGCAACAUGCGUAUGGACAGCACAAUCGUUCGCAGUCCUUUGGUCCUCAACGCAGCGGGUACGUACCACACAAUACAAAUGCCCAAAGCUUCAACAGCCAAGGGCAUUCGCAGAACCGCUCCGGAUACCAGCAAAAUGGCCAGGACAGGUUUGGGCAGAACCAGAAUAGGCAUCAGGGUUACAGACAGCAAAGCAACAAUCAGGGUGGACACCAACAAGGCGGCUACCGACAAGGUGGCUACCAGCAAGGUGCUCACCAGCAAGGUGGUAACCAUCAAGGUGGUCACCAUCAAGGUGGCCAGGGUUACUCCAGCGCGCAGCACGGCUACAGCAGCUAUCAGUCGGGCCACAGAUACGACGGUCAGCAGGAGAAAUACGGCAGCGCUCCUAAAUACGCCAGGGGUUCGCAGUCCGACAGACGUCCAGCACCAGGCUCCAAUAGAUAUCAAGGUCGUAACCAAGGUGGCUCCACCUGGCGCUGA